AUGUCAUCGUCGACGAACCCACCACCGUGUGCGGCUUGCAAGAUGCAGAGGAGGAAAUGCACGCCGGGAUGCGUGUUUGCGCCAUAUUUUCCGGCGGACAACCCUCGGAAGUUUGCUUGCGUACACAAGAUCUUUGGGGCAAGCAAUGUGGCCAAGAUUCUGAACGACAUUAACGUGGUGCAGCGUGAAGACGCCGUCAGAUCCUUAGCUUAUGAAGCCGAGGCCCGCCUCCGGGACCCCGUGUACGGCUGCUUCGGCAUUAUCUCCGUCCUCCAGCACCGCCUGAAUCAGCUGGAGAGUGAACUCAUCGACGCCAGAAAAGAACUCGCCGCCUACAUUGAUCAGCAGGCCUUGCUUCCGAACCACAUAAUGGGAUUCAAUCGGCAAGAACUUUUGACUUUCAACUUCGCUGGAGGCGGCGGCCAUGACGGAUACCCAGUGGGCCAAACCCACGUCUUUCAUCGUCAGGUUGAAGCACAUCAUCAGUUCGAGGUGCAAUCUCAGCAAUGGACGUUGUCACAAAAAAAUUACCCUAAGAUUUGCGUUUCCAGGGUCUCCCCCAUGCUUUUCCCUGGCGACGGCGACGGCGUUAACCCAAUGUCGGUGCUCGAAGCUUCCACAAAGGCCUGCAUCGAGCCGCUGCAAGACGCCGUUUCGAACCUCUCUUCUUUUUGGAAGAUGCUUCUCAUGCGUUAA